GCUGAGGGGUUAGCAGAGAGGCUGCCCUUGGCUCGGGGUGAUGAGCCGCCCGCUGCGGCAUGUGGUGUGUGCCCUGUCCGGAGGUGUGGAUAGCGCUGUAGCGGCGCUGCUGCUGCAACGGGAAGGCUACCACGUGACCGGUGUCUUUAUGAAGAACUGGGAUUUGCUCGAUGAACAUGGUGCUUGUACUGGGAAUCAGGACAGUGAAGAUGCCUUCAGAGUCUGUAAGAUGCUCAACAUCCCUUUUCAUCAGAUUUCUUAUGUGAAAGAAUAUUGGCAUGAGGUCUUUAGCAACUUAGUGAAGGAGUAUGAAAUGGGAAGGACUCCAAACCCUGAUAUCAUGUGCAAUAAAAAUAUUAAAUUUAAGUAUUUAUUGCAGUUUGCUUUGGAAAUCCUGGGGGCAGAUGCAAUGGCAACUGGUCAUUAUGCUAGGACAUCACAGCGUGAUGAAGACGUUUUCCAACAAAAAUAUAUCAGAAAAAGUGAAGAUCAUUUUCAUGACCACAAUAAGGAUGCUGUGAAACUCUUACAGGCAACUGACCCAAAGAAAGACCAAACAUUCUUUCUGAGUCAGAUAUCACAACACGCUUUGCGACAUACCAUCUUUCCCCUUGGUGAGUUGAGAAAAAAUGUUGUAAAGGAAAUGGCAGCUGAGGCAGGAUUUCACCAUAUAUUAAAGAGAAAAGAAAGUAUGGGAAUCUGUUUUAUAGGUGAAAGAAAUUUUGAAAACUUUAUUCUUGAGUAUCUAGAACCUCGUCCUGGAAACUUUGUUUCUAUAGAAGAUGGAAAAAUUAUGGGAACACACAAAGGUUGGUUUCUAUUCACUUUGGGACAACGAGCCAGGAUAGGUGGUCAAAGAGAUGCCUGGUUUGUCGUAGACAAAGACAUAAAUACAGGGGAUGUGUUUGUGGCACCAGGAACUAGUCACCCAGCUCUGUACAGGAAUUCACUGCAAACUGAUCAAGUCCACUGGAUUGCUCAGGACCCACCAUUAGAAUUGCUCAGGAACACAGUGAUGCAGUGUCACUUUCGCUUCCAGCACCAGAUGCCACUUGUGCAAUGCCAGUUAACUCUAAAUCCAGAUUUAACAGUUUGGGUGACUCUUGCUAAACCAGUCAGAGCACCAACUCCAGGACAAUUUGCUGUGUUCUAUAAUGAUCAAGAAUGCCUCGGCAGUGGUAAGAUUAUGGAGCUUGGCCCAUCCAUGUACACCCUUCAAGAAAGAAGAGGGGACAGAAUUGGUGAAACUCAGAAGACUGAUAGAACUGGUUAAAGACCUUGCCACACAACCUUCAAUUUAACAUGAAAAGGUGCUAUGAGUACUGAUUGCAUCUAUGAACAUGCUAGAAUCCAAAUGCACUUCAAUUCACCAUAAUAAAGUUACAUGGCUAAGGCCUGGAACCAUCAAUGGGCUGCAAGGAUCCACUACUUUUUGUCAUUUUAUAGAAACGAAUUGGAUGUAAAUAUAGGAGAAAUGGUUAGGAAUUUUCAGGUAAUACCAAAACUGGAGGCGUAGCGGACAGUGAAGAAGGUUAUCUCCAGUAUACAACAGGACCUUGAUUUGGUGGGCUGAGGAGUGACAGAUUGAGUUUCAUUUAGAUAAACUUGAGACGUUGUAUUUUGGUAAGGCAAAUCAGAGCAGGACUUAGAGUAGGGUCCUAGGGAGUGUUGCCAAACAAAGACACCCUGGAUUGCAGGUGAGUAAUGAAGGUUUACUUGCCUUUAUUGGUCAGUGCAUUGAGUUGGGAGGCUAUGUUGCUGCUGUACAGGACAUUGGUGAAGCCACUUUUGGAAUAUUAUGUUCAAUUCAAUAUCCCUACUGUAAGAAAGAUGUUAAAUUUGAAAGGGUCCAGAAAAGAUUUAUAAGGAUGUUGAUGGGGUUGAAGGGUUUGAACUUAAUGGGAGAGGUUGAGGGGUUCUUUACAGAGAUUUAGAAAAUCAUGAGGGGCAUGGAUAGGGUGAAUAGCCAAGGUCUUUUCCCUAGGGUAGAGGAGUCCAAAAUGUAAAGGACAUAGAUUUAAGGUGCGAGGGGAAAGAUUUAAAAGGGACCUAAGGGGCGACCUUUUCAGGUAGAGGUGGCAGAGGCUGGUACAGUUAUAAUAUUUAAAAGGCAUUUGGAUGAAUGGGGAGGGUUUUGAGCAGUCUGUUUCCAUGUUGUACAACUCUCUGAUAUUUAAAAUGUUAAACAGAGGAGGUUAUCAAUGUGUUUUGUGAUUCUGCUUCCUAUAUAGUUUAAUGGCUAGGGGGUAAAUUUUUGGACCUGGGUCUCAGUCCAUGGACCCUCUAGAAAUUUCGGGAGCAGACAUCAGUGCAACCAAUUUAUGGUGGUCAGUGUCAAACCCCAGUUACCAAAACAUUCUUUAAAUGAUCAGAGAGAGAGAGAGAGAGAUGUGCAUUUUGUCAAUCAUUUUUGUAAUAUGUUUUCACAUGGAAUUAAUAAAAUACCUUUUAUGGACCUAUUU